UUGGGGAUUGUCCGUUGCCCUGGUGACCACUGCGGCUCGGGUGGGAGCUGAGGGAGCACCGCCCCUCUGGCGAGGGUUCAUUUUAUUGUUUCACCGGCUCGGCGCGGUCGGCUGUUGUUUGUAAGGUUGUGUGGUUUUGGUUUGACAGUGCCGCCCGGCCCGGCCUGGUGCCCCGGACGCCAUUGGACCGCCGUUCAGGAUGAAGCUGUUCUCUGAGGCGCACAAGACGGUGUUUGUGGUGGAUCACUGCCCCUACAUGGCCGAGUCCUGCAGGCAGACAGUGGAGUUCGACAUGUUCACCAAGAACCGGGCCCCGGGCAUCAUCCCGCUCGCUCCCAUCUCCAAAUCGCUGUGGACCUGCGCCGUGGAGUCGGCCAUGGAGUAUUGCCGCAUCAUGUAUGACAUCUUCCCGGCUCGGAAACUGCCAGCAACAUUAAGCAGCAUGACGUCAACAUCUGGUGACCAAAGACUGCUAACAGUUGCUCCAAAGCAAUUAAUGGGUGCAACCAGGGUGAAUUUCAUUGUAAGCGAUUCAAGAGCACACACCUUGAACUCCUGGGGGCAAGAAGAUCAGAACCUGCAGGAGCUGAUGGCAGCCUUAGCGGCUGUUGGGCCCCCCAACCCACGCAUGGACCCAGAGUGCUGCAGCGUGCUGCAUGGCUUAGUUGAAGCUGUGGAGGUCCUGUGUAAAUGUACGGAUUAUCAGCAUGAAGCCCGGACCACAUUAAUGGAGAAUGCAGACCGUGUCAGCAACAGGGGGCGUAUCAUCUGUAUAACUAAUGCCAAAAGUGACAGCCAUGUCCGAAUGUUGGAAGACUGUGUCCAAGAGACAAUCCAUGAGCACAACAAGUUAGCAGCUAGUUCUGAUAACUUGAUGCAAAUUCAGCAUUGUGAACUGGUCUUAAUUCACACCUACACAGCGGGUGAAGACAGCCUAGUUUCCGACCGUCCAAGGAAAGAUAUUUCUUUGGCUCUAACAAGUGAAGUGCACAGUGUCCGUGCAGGAAGGCAACUGCCUGCAAAACUCACCACCCUUGUCCAGCAACACUUUGACCUUGCUUCCACUACUAUUACUAACAUACCCAUGAAGGAAGAACAACAUGCAAACACGUCUGCAAAUUAUGAUGUAGAGCUUCUCCAUCAAAAAGAUGCUCAUACUGAACUACUAAGAAGUGAAGGCAAGAACAUGACACCAAUAACAUUUGAUCCACAUCUAUGCGGUAGCAAUAGAGACAGUGCUGUCAAAGAUACUGUGACAUUGAAAUGGUGUACUCCACGAACCAAUAAUGUUGAAUUGCACUAUUGCACAGGAGCUUACAGAAUAUCACCGGUAGAUGUAAACAGCAGACCUUCCUCCUGCCUAACAAACUUCUUGCUGAAUGGUCGAUCAGUUUUGUUGGAACAGCCUCGUAAGUCAGGUUCCAAAGUGAUUAGUCACAUGCUUUGCAGCCACGGUGGUGAGAUUUUCCUGCAUGUUUUAAGCAGUGUUCGCUCCAUUCUGGAGGACCCCCCAUCGAUUAGUGAAGGGUGUGGAGGAAGGGUUACUGAUUACAGGAUUACGGACUUUGGUGAGUUUAUGAGAGAGAACCGAUUAACACCAGUAGUGGAAAGGGGAUAUAUGAUGGAUGGAAGUAUGGAACUACCAUUGGAGAGGGCGAAGUCCCAGCUUGAGAGACACACACGCUAUUGGCCGAUGAUUAUAUCUCAAACUACGAUCUUCAAUAUGCAGGCUGUUGUUCCUUUAGCUAGUCUAAUUGUGAAGGAGAGCCUAACCGAUGACGAUGUCCUAAACUGUCAAAAAACUAUCUACAACCUAGUAGAUAUGGAGCGAAAAAAUGAUCACUUACCCAUUUCAACUGUUGGCACCAGAGGCAAAGGAUCCAAAAGAGAUGAACAGUACCGAAUAAUGUGGAAUGAGUUGGAAACCUUAGUCAGGGCCCACUUAAACAACUCUGAGAAGCACCAACGUGUGCUGGAAUGUCUGCUGGCUUGUCGGAGCAAGCCUCCUGAAGAGGAGGAGCGUAAGAAGAGUCGGAGGAAGAGAGAAGAUAAAGAAGAUAAAUCAGAAAAAGUGGUGAAAGAUUAUGAGCCUGAGAAAUCUUGGCAAGAUUCUGAGCGGCUAAAAGGAACACUGGAACGGGAAAAGGAGGAGUUGGUUGAAGCUGAGAUCAUCAAGGACUCUCCCGAUUCCCCUGAGCCUCUGAACAAAAAACCUAGGGUCAGCAUUGGAGAAAUACAGCCUCUUGAAAAAGUUAAAGGCCCAGUUUCCUUGCUUGCAAUGUGGACUAAUAGGAUCAAUACAGCAAAUUCAAGAAAGCAUCAAGAAUUUGCUGGCCGCUUGAGUUCUGUUAACAACAAAGCUGAAUUGUACCAACAUCUUAAGGAAGAAAAUGGAAUGGAUACACAUGAAAACGGUAAAGGCAGCAGGCAGUAAAGAACAGCUUCAAUGCAAGAUUUUACAGAAGCAUCAGAUCAGCUGUCAUGCUAUUUGUAAAUAAUUUACGCAAAAAAUCCGAGAUAUUUCAAGGAAUUCAACCUCAGUCUCCGAAAGUGCUGCUGUUGAAAUGAUUUACGACAAAUUGUACAAAGUUUACACGUUUUGCUGUGCGACGAUCCAGAAGAAUUUUACUCUUUGUUAAAGUUGGCAUUUUCUACUGCAGAGUACAUCGACAAUUUUAGACAAUAUUUACAUAAAACUUGCAUUGUUGUUCAAAAAUAAAAGUUAUGACUUUA